CGAUCCUGCGAACACAUGCAAGCGCGCGCGCGCCCGUCACAUUCUGUUGUGUAAUAACCAUUAUGAUAAGUGAUUAGGUACCGACGGUAGCGCGCCAUCCAACACGCAAUGUAUUCGUCUGUCGGGUAAACAAUAGCGUUUACCACCUACCUUGCUGCAUUGAACGCAAUAAACCAUGCAUCACUUUGGAUAUAGGAUUGCUAGAAAACCCAUUGUCUGUCGUAUGCCACUUUAUUCGGGUUUCCUAAAGAUGAUGUUUUUUGUUGUUGAUUUACUUACCAUAUUCAAUGAUUAACAACCUAUUAUGUAUUAUGAUUCGUGUUGUAGUUUGCCUGCGAUAGACUGACUACAGUUUGAAAGGGUGUAACCACGUCUAAUCAUGUCUGGUGGCAAGAAGAAAACGCAGUGCGUGGAAGUUUGGGAAGAAGCCGGUUCGGAAUUCUACCAGGAGAGUUAUCCCGGAGCGGAGGCUGACCUGGAGGCGUUCCAGAAGUAUCCCAACAAACUGUCCACGCUGUUGCCCAGCAACAAGACCAGGACGGCCAGGAAGAAAAUCAACAACGGAUCCCUUUGUUAUCAAACGACGUCACCGUUGAAGCCACCGCCCGAAUUCGCCAACACUCUAUACGCCAACACCGUAGGAGUCAACAAUGAAAUUCAAAUAUCUUUGAUGCCCGACCUGUCCGAAAACUUGUCCAACGAGGAACUGAUAUGGGAAGAAAUCAUGAAGAUCAAAACGUUGCCAAUCAGCAUGACGCACAAAAAAGAACUCAAGGCCAAGCUAAAAAGCGCUGACGCUUUUAGAUUGCAAGGACUACAGCAGUUGAGAUGGCAGAAGCGCAAGUUUUGCUUGCACGUUAAGACUAAAUGGAACGAAUACAUGGGUAAUUGUAACCUGUGGGGAUCGAGUCUGCGCAAAAUCCAAGGGCAUUGUGGCACUGGCGUGGCGCAGUUCUUUGUAUUUAUCAAGCUGCUGAUAUUCGUGAACGCGUUCACAGCAGGCGUAGUGCUGGCCGCGGUUGUGUUACCGUCUGCGUACUGGACAGAAUGGCAGGCGCGGACGGCGGGUAAUCGGACGGCGGAUCCGUGGGACGAAUGCGGAUCAAGCAAUGGCAGUGCGUCCAUAGAGUGUUGCAGUGCGAUAUACGAAAACGCAACACGGACGUUGGCUGGAGUGGCAGGUACCAGUGGUGACAAGUCACUGUUGUACGUAUUGGACGUGGUGCGCGGUGCAGGUUGGGUGGAGAGUUCAGCCGCGUACUAUGGUCACUACCCGGCCGGACAGCAUUUUGACAUGCCACCGCCACCGGCAGAACCGCUGUUCACGUACCGCGUGCCUCUGGCAUACGUGUGCUGCACUGUAUUCCAUAUGGUCGUGACGCUGGCCGUCUUUAUCCGACAUUCUAUCGGCGGUCUGAGACAGCGUAUGGUGGAGACCCAGUGCCGGUACUAUUUGUACGCCAACGCCGUGUUUGUCGGCUGGGACUUUUGCAUCAGUAACCAGACGUCGGCUGAGUUCAAACGCAAGGCCAUCGCAAACGAAUUGCGGUCGUUUUUAAUGACCUCAUCGCCGACGGCGGCCGCCCGCUUCCAACGCCGCCAUCGUGGUCGAGGCCAGGGCCGGGAUUUUGACGCGGAUGACGACGCCGGAGGCUGUCGAGUGACCAACGCGAUAGUCAAGGCGUUCACGUGGUCGUUAUCCGUCGGCCUGAUUGUGGUGGCCUGCUGUUCCGUGCACUUAAUGUUCGUCUAUACGGUAAAGUCGCUCCAAAGGCGUGAGUUGCCGCACACUGUUGCGUGGACGUUGCUGCUGGAAUUCGCCGUUCCUGUGGCCAUCACCUUCUACAACGUGGUGCUACCGGUUGUAUUCGACGUGUUGGCCAAGCUGGAGAACCGGCCGGCGGCGGCCGACGACCAAGAGACCAGGUCGUCCGUGCUGCGCAUACUAGCCGUCAAGGUGUCACUGCUGGCCGUGCUGCUCGGCUCCGUGUACAGGCUGAUCAACUGCGUGCGCGAGAAGUUACAAUGCGCCAGCGCACUGUGCGGAUCGCCACUGUGCUGGGAAACUUACUUCGGUACGCUUAUGUACCGGUUGCUGAUUGUCGACGUUGCAGCCAAAAUUGGCAUCACGUUGCUAAUCAGCUGCCCACGUUCCAUACUGGUUAGGCAUUUCAAGAACCGGUUGUUCCAAGCCGUUUGCAAACAGGAGUUGACUCUUGCCAAGCACGUGCUGGACGUCAUUUACGUGCAGACAAUCGUCUGGCUGGGCACGUUUUACGCACCGAUGAUGCCCAUACUCGGUCUUCUUUCGUUGGUCAUCAUGUUCUACAUUAAGCGGUUCACGUGCGUUGUCAAUUACAGUCUAGCCCACAAGGUGUACGGACCGUCCCGCACACAUACAGCCAUAAUGUCCGUGUUGUUGGUGUCAUACGCCAUUUGUGCGGCAGUCUGGGCGACGGCCACCGCCCGGAUCACGCCGUCCCGGUCGUGUGGCCCGUUUAAGGGUCUACCGUCCGUGUGGACGGCGACGGCCAAGCUCACGGACGCCGUGCCGCCGGCCGUAUUCGCCGUAGUCGAUGUGCUCCUCUCUGCCAACGUCGUGGUGUCCGUCGUGAUCACGCUGGUGGGCGUCGUUUACUAUAACCGGUGUAUUACAAAAGCCAACAAAAAAAUGAUCGCCGUGCUCCGCAAGCAGCUGGUGCUCGAAGGUCACGACAAGCAGUUUUUGUUGAACAGGUUGAGUGCGUUCAUCAAGCAACGGGACAAACGGCGAGGACCCUCCGCCACUACGGCCACAAUUUCAGAAAAUCCCACUGAUAUCGAUGGGAUACUUUCAUAAUUGAGUGAUAAACCAAACGUUAUAAUAAGGUUAUGAUAAGGUUUAUGUCUUUGAAACAAUAUAAACAUAUGUCUAUCAAACAACGUACGGCGUGAGUCGUGAUGUUAGGUGUGUUGAUUUGUACAAAGUGUCGAUAGAUAAUUUUACACUAAAACGCUAACUUUCUCUCAAACACACAUGCAAUCUUUGUAACUUUUGAAACAUUUUAGUUUACAUUAUUUUACACAAUCCAAAGCAGCAAAUCAUAACAACAACUUUGCUCGGGAAAGUAAAUGCCGUAUACGCAUUCGAUUUACACUGUUAUCUUUAAUUAUAGGUACAAAAUAUGAUGAAAUGUACCUAUGAAAUAUAUAAAACUAUAUUAUUUUAUUUUAAUAUAUAAAAAAAAAAUAAAGAUAAUGUAUAUAAUAUAGCGUCAGGGUUUCAAUGCUACAGGAAUCGAAUCCGACACAUAAUAGUCAAGCAAGAGGCCUAUUAUAGUAUAAAUAGAUAUCUCUGACAAUAUUCAACUAUUUGAAAACCUGGCUAUGGAACAUUUGCUACUGUAACAGAAUGCAACUCUCUCAUCGACACCGCCUGUGUCGAUAAAUCGAUUUGAAUUUCUUUAAAUAACUAACGAACAGAAUGUUUUUUAAUUUCAUUUACAUAACCUAACCUAAUCAUAAUACACUUUAAUUAAAUUUCUCAACCACCGUUAAAUAAUGUUGAAAAAUUAUAGGCUGCAUCCCAUUUAGCUCAACUUUAAGUUCGGUAUUGUAUUUUAUAUUAGUUGUAUAAGACAGUACCAUAUAAAAUUUCUGUGGUUCUUUAGAGAGAAAGUUAACGUAGGUACAACAUACACUUCAAUAAAUCGACUCCCUUGCAUAUUGACAUCACAGCUUUGACAUUAUAUUAUAAUAUUACCAUGGUUGUGUCCUACAAAAAAAUAGGAUGUAUAUUAUUUAACAAACGCUCGUUUUUUAAAACAUUUUCGCUCAUUGUUUAAGUAAAAAUGAUAAAUAAUAAUUAUUUAUAACAAAAAUUGUAUACAUUUAUUUCAUAUUAUUAUUACCACUGUUUUAAUUUUCUAUCCUAUUAUUUGAUUCGCAUUAAAUUUCUAUUGAUUUUAAAUGGCGCUAAUUACCGUUAUGGAUUCGCAGCUCAUUUCACCUUAUACGUACUUGGAACGAUAUAAUGUACGUCGAAUCUUGAAAUAAGCAUCAGAACAAAUAUAUAUAUUUUAUUUAUUACAUCUGGUGUGCUUCUGUUAUACGAAAAUAAUGAGCUAUUAAGAAUUUUGUGUUAUUGAAUAUU